CCUUCCCUCCCCCAGCCUCGCCCUCCCGCCUCCGCCCCUGACGAGCGGGCCCCACCUGUCACCCGCCCCUCCCCGCCGCCGCCGCUCGCCGGACGGCAGGGCGCCGAGGGCCCCGUUACCUUUCCUCCUUCCCCGGCAUCCACCUCCGCGGCCGCGCGCCACCGAUCCGGGCCGCCGGCUCCCCGCGCUGAUCGCUUCACCCGCCUCCGCCUCCGCCUCCUAGGGUUUCGGCGGUCCCACUCGCUCCUCUUGGCUGCAGGGAGGCGGCCCCAGGGAUCUCGAUCUCCCCGGCCUCGGGGCCCCGGUCACGCCCCGGCAGUUGGUUCCCGCUCGAUUCGCCACCGGGGAAUUAGAGAGGCGUGUCCCGCCGGGGGAGCUUCCUCGCGGGGAGGAGGGGCCAUGGCCUCGACGCUCACCACGGACAGGAGAUGGGCACCUCAAAGGAAAUCUGGUAUGACUGUUCUAGGAAAAGUCCCAAAACCGAUUAAUUUACCAAGUCAGAGGUCGGAAAACAAUGGUCUUGAUCCCAACCUGGAAAUUGUUCCAAAGGGCACCCUCACAUGGGGCAGCAAAGGACCAUCUACAACACCAAAUGCAUGGGGUUCCUCAUCAAUUCUGUCUGCCAAGAAUGAUGGAAGUUCCAGUUCAUCCAGCCACUUCAAUGGCCGACCCUCCUCAGGGGGAGGCUCAAGGCCAUCAACAGCUGGAAGUGAAUCACUUGGUUCACCCAGUGCUUGGGGUCCAAAUUCUCGCCCAUCAUCAGCAUCAGGAACAUUUCCAUCAUCACAUCUAUCAAUGGCUACAAAUCGUCCCCGAAGUGCGGAGACAAGACCAGGAAGUUCACAGCUUUCUCGAUUCGCAGAUAAUGCUUCAGAGAAUGUGAAAGCAUCGAUAAGGACUAUUGAUAGAUCGGGAUCUUCGUCACAUGGGCAUGGGUUCACUCUAAGUACCGGUGAUUUCCCAACCCUUGGCUCUGAAGUAAACAGUCAACGAGGCCAUAGCUCGAAAGGGCGCCCAACAUCUAGUUCGGGUAAAGAGGCACCACAAGCUGAACAAGUGAAGACCCUAACAACUGGAACUGGUGAGGUAAUUUCGCCAUCGAAUAAUCAUCCUGUUGAUAUCUUGAAGACAGAGCAGCAUGCACACACUAGAGGUGGUCCUGUCCCAGCCACAAAUCUGCCAAAUGAAGGCCUGCAGCCACAGCCAUACCCACAAAAUUUUCAUAUGCCUCCUCCGCAGUUCGAUUCAUGGCAUGUACCUCCUGGUCACCCCCCUGAGGGAAUGUGGCAUAGAGGAGCAGCACCAGGUGGGCCAUACAGACCUUUAGGCCCACCUGGCAGUUUCCCUGUCGAACCAUUUGGUUAUUAUGGUCCGUACCCACCCAACUCAGAAGCAGCAGCAAGGCAGGGUCCGGGACAUGGUGGAUAUCACCCUAAAAAUGGAGAUGGCUAUAAUCCUAUGCCUCCUAAUUCCUAUAUUAUGAAUCAGCCUGUUAUUCCAGUCAGACCAGUUUAUCAGGGUCCAGUGCCUUAUGAUGGAUAUUAUGGCCCUCGAGCAAAUUUCAAUAAUACCAAUGUGAGGGAUCCUCAUUUUGUUGGAGGUCCUCGUCAACCUGGAAUAUUAAAUCAAUUCCCAAAUGAGAAUGACAAGUUCCACCCUGGACAUUCUCAGAACAGACCAGGAAAACAUGAAACAGUUAUGAGGGAGAGGGAGCAGCUGGAACCUGAUAAAAUACAUGUUUUUCGUCGAGGACAAUCUGGAAGUUUGCAUGAUAACCCUGAUCGCCUAGGAGGUUCCCAUGAAUUUGAAAGGAAUGCACAGCCAGCACCGCCACUUCUUCCGCAUCCUGAUGGAAACCGGACUGAUAUGAACAUGAGGGCAGAUACAAGGGAUAACUUCAGUGAAAGAAAUAGGGUACUUACAAAGUUGGUGCCUAACCAGAGAGGUCCAGCUGGAAUGGACCAUUCAUCUGUUUUUGAAAAUGCACGUUCCAAUCCCAGGGAAACUGGUGAUGGCAUUCUGCGCAAGAAAUUCAAGGAGGAUAAUUCAGUUACACUUGAUCAGCAGCCUGUCAUCAAGAAAAAUACAGCUUUAAUAGAGAAAAUUGAGAGUUUGAACAACAAAGCCAGAAAUGUUGAUGCACGUAAUGUCCCAGAACCAGCUUUGUCCAAGGAAUUCAAGAAACAGCAAAAAAGCACUGAUAUUUCAUCUACUGCUGUCAUCACUGGUAUGAUGGGUUGUGCUUCUGACCAGGUGAAUUCAGUUUCUCAUAUUUCUCCAGUGGUGAAGAGACAACCAAAUGUGCCUAGUGAGGGUACAGUUGUUGGACCUGCACACUCACAGUUAACUGAAUUUAGCAAAGCUGGAAAGCUUGGUGAUUCAAUUAAUGAUCGUGUGCAUAGGAGAGGUGAUGCUUCAAGAAACACUCACCAUGCUCCUAAAGACAGACCAGCUAAUAAGUUCGGAAGUCAUGGACAUGGAGAAAGUUCAACAACUGAUCCAUUACCAGCUGAUCUGAGGAAUAACAUUCAACAUGGCCAGCCACCCGAGAGUGCUUCACAGCUGCAACCUGUGACUGUACCUGAUGAUUUGGCAGCUUCACUAGAUUAUGAGUCUCAGCGUGCAAAGAUGAAGGAGCUGGCUGCAGAACGUGCAAAAAAGUUGAAAGCUGAGGAGGAGGAACGGAUAAAGAACCAAAAAGCAAAAGCUCUCAUGAAAUUGGAAGAACUGAACAGACGGUCUUCAGUACUUCCGAAGAAACCAAACGAUACAAAAGUAGAAGCUGAUGAUGCGAAUGAUAAGCAAAAGGCUGGCCUUGAUAUGAUUGCUAAACCUGCCACUUCAACUGCAGAACCCUGUGAUGGUACUGCACCUGACAAGACUGUUCUUUCACCUCCUAAUGAUCCAAAGCAUGCUGUGGUUCAUGUACAGCCCCAGACUACUGCACUAUCACAUGCUUCAGAUGGUGGCAAAGACCCUGCUGCUCAUGCUGCCUCAUCCUCAGUCGGGAACACACAGAGCAACAUGGAUCAUGUCGGGCAGAAGAGUAUCUCACGGUCGCAUGACAUUAGUGUUCCAAAGUCCAAGCAGAGCUACAGGAAAAGGCAUGUUGUCUCAGAGGAGAAAAUUUCUGGUGAGAAACUAAUCGUUUCAGUAAGCACUGGAAAUGCUAAGAAAAAUACGGAGGUUUCUGUGGACACACCGACGGUUGUUGUUGCACCACAUGAUGACCCCCCAACUCAGAACAAGAAGGGUGCCCGGCACUUGAGAAGUAAGAAAAAGGUGGAAGAUGCUCAAGUUACUUCUAAACAUCCACCUGUGGUCUGUAAUGAGCAGAAUGCAGUGAAAGUUCCUACUGAGCCAAAGACACAUACUGGUGGUGUUAUCAUCAGUAGCUCUAUAGUUCCCACUGAAGGUACUAUUGUAACUGUGGGAAGUAUAACUGUGGGUGGAAUGUCACUUGCAUCUUUGAAUCAGGAGCGUGUCAGGUCACCAGAUGGAACACAGAAUACAGAAAAUAGUCGACCAAGACCUCAGCAAGCAAAAAGAUCUGGAAAACAUCAGCUUGCUGUUCGGCCUGUUGAAAAGCCACAUGGGAAUGAAGGUGUCUUGUGGGCACCAGUUAAGCCACCAGUGCCGAAUGAGCAGUCUGACGGAGCCAUGCGGAAUGCAGUAGUAGCUGACCCCACUUCUGGGAAGACCUCCAAUGAUGGGGAAAAUGUUACAAGAACAAAGAGGGCGGAAAUGGAGAGAUAUGUUCCUAAGCCUCUGUCCAAAGAGCUGCAACAACAAAAUCCCAGUCAUGAUAAGGAAGCAAUGGAUACAUCCGAUGCUUCUAAAUUAGAUGCGGUGCCCGAACCCAAGAAAUGGGAGGACAGGAAAACUGGCAAGGGACAUGGGAAGUCUAAUCCUUCUUGGCGCAGAAGGAAUACAGAUGAAUCAUCUUUGGUGGUACCAAAUUCUAUUGAGCAAGCAGACAGCUCUCAUGAAUCAAAGGAAGUCCAGAAGUCCGCCAAUCAGAAUCAGCCAGUUGAACCUGGCAAGCAAGAAGAUAAGCAGUUAAAAUCCAAGGCAGAUUCUGCUGCUGAGAACAGCUCAGCUCGAGCUCAAACAGUUCCACUAUCCAUCAGUGCUGCAAAAGAACAUAGUGCAGCUAACAGGCAAAGACGACAGCAUGUUAAGGCUCAAAGAAACGAAGCAAGUAGCUACUCAAAUGAGAGCAAAGAUAGAGAGGGCAGGAGUGACUUUGUCUAUCAAUCAGCAACCCCAGCCAUGGAUUCAAACUCAUCCGAUCACAAGAGCAUGUCAAGAUCUGAUGUGAAAAGCAGCGGGGCAGUUUCACAUUCUAGAACACACUGGAAGCCUAAAUCUAACUCCCAUCCUCGGAACAGCUCUGAUGGCAACAUUGCUGUUGAAGGGCAAGUAGAUACCCAUGGAGGUAGACUUGAGAUGAACAGCUCUAAAGGAUCUGAUAGUACUACCCAUCAAGACAGCAUCUGUAAUAAACCUAUGGAAAGGAGUGAUGGAUUUGAUGAGAAGGUUGCACAGAGUGGACAGGAGAACCUGACAGUGGAAAAUGGCAACCAUAAGAGUGAGUCAGAACAGCAGCAGGUCAAUCAUCCACCACGUCGCCAAGGCCAGCAUAAUGCGAGGUACCACAGAGGUGGUGGGGCGCACAGGGGAAGGGGUGGUUAUGAUGCUGGGAGGCCAAGCCAUGGCACAAACGCGGAAUGGCGGAGGGGUGGCAGUCAUCUCGAAUACCAGCCAGUCGGAUCCCACAAUAAGGCCACAGACUUCCAGCAGAACCAGAGUGUCGAAGAACGAACAGAAGGGCCUUCCCAUUCUGGACCAGCUUUCAGGGAGCGGGGUCACAACAGGGGGCCACGCCCAGCAGGCCACUUCGUCAGGCGAAACCCAGCUCCAACGCCAGCUGCUAACUCUUACCAAGACGAAUAAUCUCCCAUCGCUCCCACGACUGCUGAGCUGCAGGAAGUCGCCUUGUCUGACAUCUCACAAUCAGGUUGGUGAAUGUAUGUUCUGUGCUUUGUACAGGGAGCAUGUCCUCGGAUCUCCAUCCCGUCAUGGCUAACAUGUUCUGGGGGUGGCAGGUUGGACGCGCUCGGGCUGGCGGUAGAUGUCGGUCGUCUACGGUGGUGAGCAGUAGGAUCAUGUAACGAUGAUAGUCUUUGUUCCGCAGGGCCGUUGGGUCCUCACGUGUGAUUGUCAAUUGUUCCGUAGGACAUCCCCUUUGGUGAGAUGCGAUGUUGGAAUGUGUACUAACGGAGUUGUGUUUGAGAACUGGGUUUAAAUGUUGUUGUUAGCUUGUGCUGCUAAUGGGAACAGAAAGUGCUCGUUUUUGCUCAACUUGAUGGCCAAGCGUGUUCGCUAA